AUGAAGACCAUCAUAUCUUGCAUCCUCAUGGCGAUCAUGUUCGCCAUGGUGCAAGCACAGCAGGCAGAUAUCCAAUGCCGCUGUAGAACACACAUCAGCAACUCCGUCGUAGAAACAGGCGGCCAAAAGCUGUGCGGUCAAAAGGGCGGCAUCCUCAGCAGCAACAGCCAGCUCUGCACCAAUCUUUCCCAAAGCUUCACCGACACGGACUGCCAGGCCUUUGGCGACUCCUUCUUCGCAACCUGCGGCAUGGCUCGUUCGCCAGUGAAGAGGGGCAUUUACAAGCGCGAAGUGACACCGAUUCAGACGAAGCCCGAGCGAGGCUGGCAGUGGGGUGGCCGGGAGCCAGUUCAUCUGCAACUCGUGUCCCGGCGUCCGAUCCCCGAUAGAUUCUCAAAGGCCUGA